CAGCGAUUCCUCGGUGAUCACGCUCACUGCGAUGCUGUCCGCUUUAUCGUCCACAUUCCCGAAGCAAGCAGAAAGGUUCUGAUCCAAACCAUCCAGGUUCUCCACCGAACCGAACCCGCCAGAUUCCUGCAGGGAGGUCCUGCCGUCCAGGAGGAGCUGAGGGGCCGCUCCGCCCGCGGCUCCGCCGGCGGCAGCACCGGAAGCCCCGCUCACGUCCCCCAGAAAUUCAUGCAGAACUCACCGAUGACGAAUCAAGAGCUCCUCCCAGUAACUUUGAGCUGACGGCUGCCAUGAUGCAUCGCAUCAUUCUGCUGGAGAAAACAGGAGGAGGAGAUAGGGAACAAGACACACCUCCUGCCAGGAGCUUCAGCAUGAACUUUGACCUCGUGCUGCAGAAGAUCCAGGACCUGAACGUCCUCACAGGGGAGGGACAACGUUUCAUACACAAAACAGCAAGUGGAGCAAAACUCUACAGAAACGGCAUCGAGAUGUUUGAUGGUCAUUUCCGCUCCUUCCAGGAGCAAAGCACCCAGCUCUGCAUGCAGGACCUCGUGGAUGACUGCUUCCCUUCUGAGCUCCAGCAGAGAUUUCCAGAUGGUGUCCCUUUUGAGGUGCAAGACAGGAGGCACGAGACCUUCCUGGUCAGGCUGCCGUGGGACACGUGUCCUGGUGAAGGACGAGCCGUUUACGAGGAGAAAGAUGAAGAAUUUACAAACGCAGUCAGCCUUCAGUCACCAGGUCUGACCUGGUCUCGUCUCCUUCCCACCAUCCUUGUGUUUCACCUCGGUUCACAGGAAGAAGCUGACCACAGAUCAGAGAAAGCUGCCAAAGAUGGUGGUCAAAGCCGGUGUGGUGAUCGACAUCAGGAAUUCUCUGAGGGAGACUGCAGGUUUCGUCUGAUUCUCGGAGCUCAGAGGUUGUUGUGGACACACCUGGUGGCAGAGGGCAGAUACUCAGCUGUAAAAGAACAUCUCCUAAAGCUGUCAUCACGCUGAAGGUGAAGAUCAGACCUUCAUGGUGAAGAUGUGACUCUCAGAAACAGUGGGUCACCUGAGGAGCUACCUGGACCAGCACAGGUGACAGAACCUCCUCUGGAACCCACUUUUGUGUUUGCUCUGGUUUCAUGUUGCUUUCACGUCUGCAAUAGAGCCGAACGGGUCUGGUUACGACAUCCUCAGCAUGCACCCACCAUGCGUCUACAGCGAUGACAUGAUGAUCCAAUCUUGUGGCCGCUCAGCAAAUUCUACAGUGCUGCUGCAGAGGAGGAAACUCACAGGCCUUUAAAGAUGAAUACGUUUAAUUAUUUCAAAGUUUUUAUGUGCAGGGAAUGUUUGAGGCUAUCAGAGUGAGACGGCAAGCCAGAAAGGACACGGACAUCCCCUUACAGAGAUAGGGUGGGGGAGACAAAGUUGGGAGGAAGUUUUUCCUCUGUUGACGUAGAUAAGUCUACUUCAUCUGCUGGUCGUGAGUAAAUAAGGGCAACAUGUAUCUGAUCUGUUGUAAUGAAACGUUUUUAUUUCAAACAUCUGGUCCUCGCAGCUUCUCUAAAUAAACUGAACAAGUGAAAUCCAAA